AUGGGUAACAAACAUUCCAAACCCCCUGCAUCUUCGUCUGACAAGUCCAAGAAUCUCGAUACAGCCUCAGUGCUUGAGAAGUUCAGAGAGGCGUAUUCCAACGGCUCAGGCAACCUUAAUCAAUCGGCAACAUCCUUUCGACCACCCCCACCAUAUCCCAUGGAUGAUGCCAAUAACUCCCCGAAUCAAGAUAGCAACAACGAACAAGUCGUUCAGCCUGCAUCUGCGCCUGAGCCCAAACAUGAAUGCCCUCAGCAUAUGGUAGUCCCUGUCACUGACAUUAAGUUGUAUACCAGUGAUGGGAAAUAUGUGGUUAUAGACGGACUUGCUUUAUUUUUUACAAGUGAUGACUUUUUCGACAAACUGAAUUACAUUGCUGGCCAAACGCCUACUCGAAGUCUCCGAUUUCACGAUGAGAGGUAUGAGACAUACGAUGUCCUCUCGAGGUACAAGACCCUCGUAGAGGGAAAAGAACUUACCCCUCCUGACAAAUCCGAGAAUCCAAAGAGGGAAUGUGAAUUAAUCGGAGAUCUGAUUUACAAGUUGAACUUGUGGAAAGGAACAAACAUUCUGAAUAUCCUAAAAUUUCAACUUAUCAAUUGGAUCUAUCAGGGUCAGGUCAGCCCCAAACAUGCUAUCACUCUGGCGGGUAAGUUGAAUGAUCCGAAAUUGGUUGGAACCGUUAUGAAGUGUGAAGCGCAAAGGGAGUAUGAACGAAAUAACCCACUUAUCAGCCUCGAUAAGCAUAUGACCACCUCGACCGUGGUUGCCGUUGAAAAUUGGAAAGAGUACAUCCCAACCCGAUGGCAAGAAGCUUUCGGAAGAGCUAUUGAAGAGACUUCCAGUAUGGGUGAUACCGACGAGAGAUGGAAGGCAUGUGCAGAUGCUUUUGAGAAGGCACUUGCAUAA